CAUAAGAGACCUUUUUUCUUCUUCUACGUACUACAUCUUGUUUUCAUAUUAUUUAUACAAGCCGUCCCUCUGGCGUGCACAUCAAACAACUUGUUAAAAAGAUGGAAAGGAACAACAAUGGAGCACAAGCAGCAAAUCCAGCCUGUGCUGCUUGCAAACAUCAAAGGAAGAAGUGCACGGAGUCGUGCAUAUUGGCGCCUUAUUUUCCUGCAAACAGAAGUAGGGAAUUUCAAGCGGUGCAUAAAGUGUUUGGUGUUAGCAACGUGACAAAGAUCCUCAAAAAUCUCAUGGAGGAAGACCGGAAAGCAGCAGUGGAAUCGAUGGUGUGGGAAGCUUCUUGUAGACAAAAAGAUCCAGUUUUGGGUCCUUAUGGAGAAUAUACAAGGCUUUUUGAUGAACUUAAGAAUUACAAAAGCCAAUUAGGUAUAGGAUAUAAAGUUGUUGAGCCGAAUUCGAUGGGAUGGAGUGGGACUAAUGGGAUACACGAUAAGGGGAUGGCUAAUGGUGGAGGAGUAGUUGGUAACACAUUGAAUUAUAACAACAUUCCUGAUAAUGGGAAUGGUAUGGUUGAUUCUAACCUAUAUGGUUAUUCUUUAGACUACGAAGAUAAAGUAAUUAGAGAAGAAACUGUUGCUUCAGGAGGUGUUCCAUUGCAGCAGAACUCAAUCAAUGGAUUUAACCACCAGCAAUACUAUCAUCUAGCUUCCCGGUUUGUAGAAAGGGGUUUCAAAGCUUGUAGUUUAGGGGUACACAGGUUUUGGGAACCCUAUACAAGGGGCGCAUUGGCUUUCUCUGAUAAAGAGGCUAGCUUCUUCAAGCGGAGCUUUCUGCUUUUCUUUUUGAUAGCUAGCGUGCAAUGGAGAGGGGCUCACUUCUUCAAGCGAAGCUUGCUACUUUUCAUUUUGAUAGGAGUAGGUGCUUGAUGCUCGUCAGAGCCGUAACUUGCUGCUCACUUAUUGUCUACUAAAAAAGCCUUCAAGCUUUGCUAGGAAGCUUCUACUUGUUGAAGCUUUGCUUCCCCUAAUUCCAAAACACAACAAUAAACUUGCUACUAUAAUUCUCUUAUUUAGAGGCAUGAUCUAAUAACUUCUUAGACAAUUAGUUCUUUUCUUAUCUUUACUUGGGAAUGAACCCCAAGUGAACUAGUUUAGUUGGGAAUAAACCUAUGUGAACUAGUUAAUUUUAGAGUUUUUAAAAUUUUAUGGGCCUAAUUCAUGUAUUCAUGUAUUCUA